AUGCCUGAUAUUAACGAAGAUAAUGAUGCGACGCCUAUAAACACUUCUCGUCCUUUUACCAUUUAUAACUCUCUUAAAAACGAUGAUUUGUCAUCUUCUUGUCCUCAAUAUAAUAAUAAUGAUGCUAGAUCAGAAUAUUUAGAAGGAGCAAUCCAAUCAUCUGCCACGAUUACAAAAAAUGUUGAUGCUCUUGCAAUAAAUGAAGAAGACAACAAUAACAAUAGCACUGAAAAAAAUGCUACUGAUAGCACCACCAGCACUAACAAUAAUAAAAAAUCAUCUAAAAAAUUAAUUAGUAGCAAUUAUAGUAAUAACAGCAAGAAGAAAAGACCAUAUUCAUCCAUUGAAUCUGAUGAUAAUAACAAUGGUAAUAAUAAUUCACGUCGUAAAGGAGAUUCAGCAUUACCAACAUGUGGACAUCCUAAACACGACGAAUAUGCCAAAGUUGUUGGUAAGAUUUAUAAAGGUCAUCCUAAAAAAACAACAACUAAAUUUAUUGGAUUGCCAAAAAGAUUAGAAGCAUGUUUGAAUAUUGAUAGGGGAACUUUGAUGUGCACAAGAUGCAUCCUUCAAACUGAUAAAGAUUCUGAGAAAUAUAUUUCUCCUCGUUCUAUAAAAAAAAGAGGUGAACUUGUCAGAUUGAAAAUUGAUAUGAAUUUUUGA